UACUUUAAAAGGUCCCCCAACUUGUUCAGUUCCUCAAUAUAUACCCCUUUUCUCUCCCUUUGUUUUGACCAUAACCAUCAGAGACUGCUCAAAUAGGUCUUUGUUUGUGAUGUGCAGUGGUUCAAAGGCUGAACUUGUUCCUUCAAAUUUCACCAUGGAAGGUAAAUUAGACGAGCUUAAAGCCGCUAGGUACUCGGUCUUGCUCGAACUAGCCGCCUCGGAUGAUCUGGUGGCGUUCAAAAGGGAGGUGGAAGAAAAGGGUUUGGAUCUUGCAGAGGCAAGCUUGUGGUACGGUAGAAGAAUCGGGUCGAGAAAGAUGGGGUUCGAAGAGAGGACACCACUGGUAAUCGCCGCCAUGUACGGCAGCGUCGAUGUGUUGAAAUUCAUCGUCGGAAGCGGAAAGGUUGAUGUGAACGGAGCUUGUGGUGGUGAUGGAGUUACCGCCCUUCAUUGCGCGGUUGCCGGUGGUGCGUGUUUUUCCGUCGAGAUUGUCAAGCUCUUGCUCGAUGCUUCUGCUGAUGCUAAUUGCGUUGAUGCUGAUGGGAACAAACCUGUUGAUCUGAUCAUGGCGGGUUUAAAGUCUUUGAGUGGUUCGAGGAGAAAGGUGAUAGAGUUGUUGCUGCACGGUGGCGAUGGUGUCGGUGUUGACCCGGAAGACGAGUCGGAGAAGACGGUUCCGCCGCAGAAGAAAGAGUAUCCGGUCGAUGUAUCGUUGCCUGAUAUCAACAAUGGGAUAUAUGGAACUGAUGACUUUAGGAUGUAUACCUUUAAGGUGAAGCCUUGCUCGAGGGCAUACUCCCAUGACUGGACCGAGUGUCCCUUCGUUCAUCCCGGCGAGAAUGCUCGGCGGCGAAACCCGAGGAAGUACCCCUACAGCUGUGUGCCGUGCCCGGAGUUCCGUAAGGGGGCAUGUCCUAAGGGUGAUGCUUGUGAUUAUGCACACGGUGUGUUCGAAUCCUGGCUUCAUCCUGCUCAAUACCGGACCAGACUUUGCAAAGACGAGAUCGGCUGCUCGCGUAAAGUCUGUUUCUUUGCUCACAAGCCGGAGGAAUUGCGUCCGGUGUACGCUUCCACCGGCUCGGCAAUGCCUUCACCGAGGUCUGCUGCGGUUAAUUCAGUGGAUAUGACAACUUUGAGCCCUCUAGCACUCGGUUCAUCAGCCUUGCCUCUGCCUACCGUUUCGACGCCGCCCAUGUCGCCUUUGGCUUCCGCUUCCUCUCCGAAGAAUGGAGGCUUGUGGCAGAACAAAAUGAGCCUCACCCCGCCUGCAUUGCAGCUACCGGGUAGCCGCUUGAAGACUGCUUUUAGUGCUCAAGAUUUCGAUUUGGAAAUGGAGAUACUCGGGCUCAAGAACCAUUUACAGCAGCAGCAGUUGAUGGAUGAUAUCUCUAGUCUCUCAUCCCCAUCCUGCUGGAGCAAGGAGUACAAUAGGCUUGGUGAUUUGAAGCCUACUAAUCUCGACGACGCAUUCGGAUCUCUCGAUCCUUCCCUGCUGUCUCCAUUUAAGGGAAAUGUGCAUCAAAUCCGCCAAAACCAACUUCGUGCAAGCUAUCCAACAAACCUCCCAUCCUCUCCAGCCAGGAGUCCCUCACCAUUUGGUUUCGACUCGUCUGCUGCAGUAGCAGCAACAGCAGCAGUAAUGAAUUCCCGGUCUACUGCUUUCGCAAAACGGAGCCAGAGCUUCAUAGACCGCUGUCGAUCCGGACUCAGCGCUCCUUCGAAUUCCACUACCAUGAUGUCUUCAAACAUAUCCGACUGGAGCUCCCCUGAUGGGAAACUGGAUUGGGGUAUGCAAGGGGAUGAGCUGAACAAGCUUAGGAAGUCAGCUUCAUUCGGGUUCCGCAACAACUCUCCCGCACCAACAACGACCAAAGACACGAUGAUGCCAUCCAAUGUCGACGAGCCGGACGCGUCGUGGGUCAAUUCACUCGUGAAAGAUGUUACACCGGCCGGAGGUCCAUCGCUUCAGCAACAAUACAACAUCGGUAACGUUCGGGAAAGGCUUCCACCAUGGGUGGAACAAAUGUACAUAGAACAGGAGCAGAUGGUAGCAUAAGAAAGAGAUACCCCUUGUGCUCAUUUACUCUACUCUAACUAUUCCUUCAAUUCGUAAAAGUAUUCGAUACUCGAUAGCCAUAGUCGACGGUAGAAGAACGAUCAGGCGAACAAGUAAAUCGGACAUGGGCAAGAAGGUUUAAGCUCAGUGCUCAUGGUAGAGUUAGGAGAAAGAUGAACAAAUAAAUUAAUUUAUUACUUUAUAUUCUUAAUUCAUUGUGUUUUCAUCAACGACUCAUUGUAAUCCUACUUAAGUUUGUAUCUUCAUAUGAACUCCAUUGUUGUGGUAUAUUGGUGCUUUUCUAGUGUUAAAUUUCCAACAUUCAAAGGAACUGUCUUUAAAGACCAAA